CAUGGUUCGUAAAUUGAAAUAUCAUGAACAAAAAUUGCUGAAAAAGGUAGAUUUCAUUACCUGGAAAGUUGACAAUGAGGGCAAAGAGAAUGCGGUUCUGAGACGUUAUCACAUACGCAAGAGGGAGGACUAUACCAAAUACAACAAAUUAUCCCGCAAUGUCCGUGAUUUAGUAGAGAAAAUAGCCAAGUUGGAAAAACAUGAUCCUUUCAAGGCAGAAGCAUCGUUUUUGCUAUUGGAAAAGUUAUAUGCCAUGGGUUUGAUUAACGAGAAGCAUGAUUUGGAAGUGGCCAGUCGUGUCUCGGCCAGUUGUUUUUGUCGCAGACGUUUACCCGUGGUGAUGGUGAAAAAUAAACUUUCACAAAGCAUUAAAAAUGCCACAGAUCUAAUAGAAGCUGGCCAUGUCCGAGUUGGCACAGAAAUGGUCAAAGAUCCCGCCUUUUUGGUAUCACGCAAUCUAGAAGACUUUGUCACCUGGGUGGAUGGUUCUAAAAUUAAGGAACAUGUUCUAUCAUACAAUGAUAUGCGUGAUGAUUUUCAAUUUUAGGAUUAUAUAUUUUUAAGUU